CCGCGGUCACCGGUCAUAAAGUCCAAGCAGACUGAGGAACUCGGAAGCGCCUCGCUUCUGAGAUGGCGUCGAUGGCGCCGCGCACACUGCUCCUGCUGCUGGCGGCCGCCCUGGCCCCGACCCAGACCCACGAGGGCUCGCACUCUCUGCGGUAUUUCGACACCAUCGUGUCCUGGCCCGACCUCGGGGAGCCCCGGUUCACUUCUGUCGGCUACGUGGACGACAAGCAGUUCGUACGCUACGACAGCGACGCGGAGACUCCACGAGAGGAGCCACGGACGCCGUGGGUGGAGCAGGAGGGGCCGGAGUAUUGGGAGAGGGAGACACAGAUCCUCAAGAACACCAAGCAGACUCUCCGAGGAAACCUGAGGACCCUGCUCGGCUACUACAACCAGAGCGAGGGCGGCUCUCACACUUUCCAACACGCAUAUGGCUGUCACGUGGGGUCGGACGGGCGCCUCCUCCGCGGGUAUGACCAGUACGCAUAUGACGGCCGCGAUUACAUCGCCCUGAACGAGGACCUGAAGACGUGGACAGCGGCGGACACGGCGGCUCAGAUCACCAAGCGAAAGUGGGAGCAGGAUGGGGUUGCAGAGAGAAUGAAGGCCUACCUGGAGGACACGUGUGUGCACUGGCUGCACAGAUACCUGGAGAACGGGAAGGACGCGCUGCUGCGCACAGAUCCCCCAAAGGCAUAUGUGACCCAUCAUCCUGGACCUAACGGUGAUGUCACCCUGAGGUGCUGGGCCCUGGGCUUCUACCCUGUCUUUAUCGCCCUGACCUGGCAGAGGGAGGAAGAGGAACAGACUCAGGACAUGGAGCUGGUGGAGACCAGACCUUCUGGAGAUGGAACCUUCCAGAAGUGGGCAUCUCUGGUGGUGCCUUCUGGGGAGGAGCACAAAUACACAUGCCGUGUGUACCAUGAGGGGCUGCCUGAACCCCUCACCCUGAGAUGGGGUCCUGUCCUUCUUCCCUUCCCAGAGCCUCCUCAGUCCAUGGUCCCCAUCAUGGCAGUCAUUGCUGGUCUGGUUCUCCUUGGAGCUGUGAUCAUUGGAGCAGUGGUGGCUGUUGUGAUUAAGAGGAGGAGAAACACAGGUGGAAAAGGAGGGAACUAUGCUCCAGCUUCAGACAGAGACAGUUCCCAGAGCUCUGAUGUGCUUCUUCCAGACCAAAAAGCGUGAAGACAGCUGCCUGGUGUGGAUGCAGUGACAGACGAUGUGUUCAGGUCUCUCCUGUGACAUCCAGAGCCCCUCAGUUCACUCUCAACAAUAGAGUCUGAUGUUCCUUGUGAUCCCAUGGGCUCAGUGUGAAGAACUGGGGAGCCCAGCCCACCCUGCACACCAGGACCCUGUCCCUGCACUGUCCUGUUCCCUUCCACAGCCAACCUUCCUGUUCCUGCAGACAGGAGGGGACAUCUUCAUCCUGUCUCCUCCAUGCUGUCCUGAGCUUCAGCCCUGACUUCCCCACUGAAAAUAAGAAUCUGAAUGUGAACUUUAUUGUUCAUGUCCUUGAUCUCAAAGGUUGAUUGGCGGUAAAAUAAAGGAUUGUACUAGAGUUUGUGGAGGAAAUAAAUGGCAGCAUGGAGAACCUCCCAGAA